AUUACACACUUCAUUGAGCCAACGUCGCCGUCCACGUCGAGGGCCAGCACGAUACAUUAGUUCAUCGUCAUGACAAAGGUCACGCUGCUGCUGCGCGCUAUUGUAGCGCUCGUUGCAACGACAGAUCUAUUGUAUGCGCAAGUUGCCGAUCCGACGGUAGUUGCAACCACCACAGUAACCCCCACAACAGUCUCCCCUGUGGCCGUGACCACUACCACUGCUUCACCGGUCGUCACGUCUGUUACUCCCACUACCACGGCGUCCGUUGUGGUCACGCCAACCACGACAGCCUCUACUGUUCCGACAUCGACAGUCGCGUCGACGACCACCACACGCGCGCCGGCAACGACCAAAGUAGUGUCCACCACCCCCACCACAACAAUACCAACGACACCACAACCCACGAACGAGACGCCAUCGACGUCGUCGUCGACUGGCCGUGCAAUCUUUCGCGGGUUCGCCAACCUGGACGACUGGGUGUGGUGGAUCAUCAUCGGCGGGGGUGCGCUUGUCCUCCUCCUGGCGUCGGUGUGCUGCUGCAUUUGCAUCCGUCGCGGAAAGGCCAAGGCCCGAGAAGAAGCCAUACAAGCCAUGGAGGAGCAGCGCGAGGCGGACAACCACGCUCGGCUGCUAGCCGACGCCCAAAAACAGCGCCGGGAUCGUGAAGCAACGCAGCAAAACGGCAGGGUCACGUCAUUAACCACUGCCCACGGGAACGGGUCGUCCAGCGAAACGUCGCCGGCCAAACGUCCAACCUACUACCGUCGGCCGUCCCAAGGGCGCGGCGCUUACCUGCAGUCGUCUGCCGUUCCUCCCCCCAUCCACACCAGCCAUCCCACUGACAGCACGGACGUGUACCCUGCUCCGUACAUAUCUGUGACGUCCCCCACGAAUGCCAAAGGGCCGUCGUACCAUCCGCCGUCGAGUGUGAACGACCGCAUCGAAGCGCUCAAGGCGCUCAGCAGUGUCCCUGUGCAGAAGGACUCGUACUCGUCCGAGCCUGGCGUCGGCUUCCUCACGUCCACGCCAGUUUCCUACCCGAACGGGACUGCCGUGUACCUCCCCAACCCCCGAGACACAACGCUGACUGGCUACAGCAUGGACAUUGACGGCGACUACGAGUCGACGUCGGGCGGCACGUUCUUGUCUGCCAAGGACUCCUCGCUGUACCAGGAGCUCGACUCGGCCAAGGUCAAGACGCCUACUCGGGCCGCGGUCAAAUCGACCGACUCGAAGCAAUCGGACGCGAGCGACUUUGAGCUGGAUGUCGAUGACGCGGCGACGGGCAACCUUGUGUCCAGCCAUCGAUCGAUCGAGUUUUAGGAGAUGAGAUGAUUCGUAUGUGGGUAGUAGCGAUCAAGACAAAUAACAAACAACGGCAUGUGUUACAUAUA